CGAAAGAUAUCUACUAGGAGAGAGUCUCUGUUGAUAGGCUGCUGUCUGAUGGGGGACUGAUCAGACACAUAUGUGCAACUGAGUUUAGAAGGAAAUAUGUCGUGGUAAAAAAAGUUGUAUUCUGUUGCAAAUAAUAAUAGUGUAUGACUGCGACACGGUGUGUCUUAAUGCAGAUGUAGUUUACACUUUGUCAAGUCCGGGACGCCGUGGACACAGAGAGAUGCGUGUGGGCCUUCUCGUGAUGAGUACCAGACCUGUCGCUAUGGUAACGGCGGCUAAAAACUGCAGCGAGAGCGACGCCCACUCUCGCAGACUUCGGGAGGCGGAGCGGGGGCUCGAGUGAUUCAUCUUCGCAGGCAGAGGCGAUCUCUGCGCACGGCGUCGUGUUUACAGCGAACACGGCAGACUGCGGACUGACCCAGAGGAGGCUGCUGCUGCUGCGAAUGUACCUGCUCAUUAAUCCGUCGAGCUCAGAUAUCCACCGGCGGAGGGGGCCACCAGAUCACCGCAGGGACCCCGUCGACCAAAGGAGCAGACAAGGUCGAACCCUCCGUUUCCCGUCGAUUGUGAAGAUGAGUCGUAGCGACCACGACAGCGCGGUGCGUGUGUGCAUGAUGCGAGGCUGAGGAGGAGGAGGAGGAGAAAGGAGGCUGCGGUCUGGAACCAGAUUUUUUUAUUCUGGAUAUUUCCAAACAAAUGUCGUCCCUUCCGCCCGUGCGGGCUGUGUGAGAACUUAAUAUGACACCGCGUGCCCCACGCCGCCCCUCUCCAUCCCACUUUUGAGGGGGGAGUCCCGCCGGGUGUCUGCCUCCCGAGGACCCCUCCGAGCAGCGGGACGUCGGACGGUGAUUUUCUCUCCCCGGUAUGGAGUGCGAAGAUGCGGAUUACAGAGGAAUGCCCGCCGCCGCUGUAGCAGCAUCGCUCGCGCUGUACGCGUCGCCGCCGCGUCGUUUCCGGCGGGAAUAAAAGAGAAGUAUGAAUAUACUCGGUGUCUGGCCAGAGGAAUAAAUCGGCGAUUGUCCUUUCCCCCCCCCCCCCGUUUGUUUUUCUUUCCCCGCGUGGAGCACGACUGGACUCCCGCUAGAGCACCCGCGAGCCAGCUACCCCCGGCUAGCCCGUGUGUGUGGCGACGCUAGCUUGUAGCUCCUUUAGCCGGCUAACAAGCUAAUAAAGGUGCUGGCCGCGGAUCGACAGGCGACUCGAUCGAUCCGCUCGGGUUCCUCCGCCGCCGCCGCCGCCGCGGUCCCCUCCCGCCCCCUCCCCUCUCCACACAUGCAUUCACAGGCUCCGGGGGGGUUCGCCGAUCCAGGAAUGAGGUCUCGCGCGGAAUGGAACCGCUUGACCUUGUUUUGGGGUCUGAUGCUGGGUCUGUCGUCCUGCCACCGGCCCGCCGCCGCCAAGAUCUGCGGUCCCAGCAUCGACAUUGGCAACGAUAUCACUGAAUUCCGGCGUUUGGAGAAUUGCACAGUGGUGGAGGGCUACUUGCAGAUCCUCCUCAUCGGUGACAAAAACAACAGCAACAUCAACCAGGAAUUCUUCCGCUCCCUCAGCUUCCCCAAGCUAACCAUGAUCACCGACUACUUGCUGCUCUUCCGGGUGUCGGGCCUGGACAGUCUGAGCACGCUCUUUCCCAACCUCACUGUCAUCCGUGGACGCAGCCUGUUCUACAACUACGCCCUAGUGAUCUUUGAGAUGACCAGCCUGAAGGACAUCGGCCUGUACAACCUGCGCAACAUCACCCGCGGCGCCAUCCGCAUUGAGAAGAACCCUGAGCUCUGCUACCUGGACUCCAUAGACUGGUCCCUCAUCAUGGACGCAGAGUUCAACAAUUACAUUGCCGGGAACAAGCAGUCCAAGGAGUGCAGCGAUGUUUGUCCGGGCAUCAUGGAGAACAACCCGCAGUGCAGAAAGACCAUGUUCAACAGUAACUACAACUACCGCUGCUGGAACUCCAAUAAGUGCCAGAAAGAAUGCCCCGAGAGGUGUGCGAGGCAAGCGUGCACGGCGGAUGGCGAGUGCUGCCACCCUCAGUGUCUUGGCAGCUGCACCGCCCCCGGCAGCGACACAGCAUGUGCCGCAUGCGUGCACUACUACCACCAAGGGCGCUGCGUGGCCGAAUGCCCUCCCGGCACCUACAAGUUCGAGGACUGGCGCUGCAUCAGCGCAGAGCUGUGCUCCAAAGUCCACCUCCCCGAAUACGACAGCUUCAUCAUCCACGGCGAGGAGUGCAUGCCUGAAUGCCCUUCGGGAUACACACGCACUACGCCCGAUAGUAUGACCUGUACGGCCUGCGACGGUCUGUGUGAUAAAGUAUGCGAGGAGAAGGUCAUCGACUCCAUGGAUGCCGCUCAGUCUCUCAAAGGCUGCACCGUUAUCAAAGGCAACCUGCAUAUCAACAUCCGCAGAGGCCACAACAUGGUGGCAGAGCUGGAGAGUUUCACGGGUUUGAUCAAGAGGGUGACGGGUUACGUGAGGAUUAGACACUCCCACACUCUGAGCUCCCUGGCCUUCCUCCGCAGCCUGAGAUACAUCGACGGAGAAGUCCUUCUAGAUGACAUGUAUGCCUUCGCAGCAUUCGACAACCAGCAGCUCCAGUAUCUCUGGGACUGGAAGCAGCACAAUCUCACCAUCAAAGCAGGAAAGCUGUUCUUCAGAGCCAACCCGAAGCUCUGCACGUCGGAGAUCCGCAACAUGUGGGACAAGACAGGCAUCCGUGGCCGCUUUGAUGAGAGUGUUUUCCGAAACAACGGCGACCGAGCCAGCUGUGAAAGCACUAUCCUGAAGUUUAAGUCCAGCAGCACCAGCAGCACAAGGAUCAAACUGACCUGGCAGCGGUACCGGCCUCCUGACUACAGAGACCUCAUCAGCUUUAUUGUCUACUACAAGGAGGCGCCUUACCAGAACAUCACAGAGUUCGAGGGGCAGGAUGGCUGUGGCUCCAACAGCUGGAUCAUGGUGGACGUUGAGCUGAGGCCAGACAAGGACUUGGACCCCGGCGUCCUGCUGUCCAGCCUGAAACCCUGGACGCAGUACGCCGUCUUCGUCAAAGCCAUCACGCUGAUGGUGGAGGACAAACACAUGCCGAGUGCCAAGAGCAAGGUGGUCUACAUCCGCACAAGCCCCUCAGCGCCCUCCAUGCCUCAGGAUGUGCGGGCGUACUCGAACUCCUCGACACAGCUGGUGGUGCGUUGGUCGCCCCCUGUCUCACCAAAUGGAAACCAGACUUAUUACCUGGUCAGAUGGCAGCAGCAAGCCGAAGACCGGGAGCUGUACCAGCACAACUACUGCUCUAAAGAGCUGAAGAUCCCCAUACGGAUUGCCGCUAUCGGUGUGGGAGACCAGGAAGAGGACACCAAGCCCACCAAGCCGGAUCCUGAGGGGGCAGAUAAAGGUCCCUGCUGCCCCUGCCCCAAGUCGGUGGAGGACCUGGAGGCAGAAGCUGCUGACGCCUCCUACAGAAAGGUCUUUGAAAACUUCCUGCACAACUCAAUUUUUACACCAAGGCCACCAGACCGUCGCCGCAGAGAUCUCUUUGGGUUCGCCAACUCCACUCACUCCCGCCGCCACCGUCUGCACACCAACAGCAGCCACGUCCCUCCUCAUCAAGCCGCCGGUAACAACAGCAGCAGUACCACCGCCGAACCAGAGCAAGCAGACAGGGAGUUUGAAUUCAUGGAGCAAGCUGUGUCGGAGCGCGAGCUGCAGAUAUUCGACCUGCAGCCGUUCACAGUUUACCGCAUCGACAUUCACGCCUGCAAUCGACAGGUUCAGCGUUGCAGCGCGGCGGAGUUCGUCUUCUCCAGGACCAAGCCUGCAGAAAAGGCCGAUGAUAUACCAGGCCAGGUGACCUGGGAGGGCCACGAGGACUGGGUGUUUCUGCGCUGGCCAGAGCCGCCUCACCCCAACAGACUCGUCCUCAUGUAUGAGAUCAAGUUUAAACUGGCUGCUGAGACGGAAAAACACGAGUGUGUCUCUGGCCAGACGUAUCAGAACCAGCGUGGCGUUCGACUUUCCAACCUCAGUCCUGGACACUACUCGGUCAGAGUCAGGGCCACGUCGCUGGCUGGCAACGGCUCGUGGACAAAUGCUGUGGAUCUCUACGUGGCUGAACGAUAUGAAAAUGUCCUCUACGCAAUGAUCUUUAUUCCUAUCGCCAUCAUCCUCUUCAUCUGCCUUCUGGUCACGAUGCUGGUGGUCCUCAACAAGAAAAGGAACAGCGACCGUCUUGGAAAUGGAGUCCUGUAUGCCUCGGUCAACCCGGAGUACUUCAGCGCUGCAGAGAUGUAUGUGCCGGAUGAGUGGGAGGUGGCGCGGGAGAAGAUCGCCCUGAGUCGCGAGCUGGGCCAGGGGUCGUUUGGCAUGGUGUAUGAAGGCUUGGCGAAGGGCGUGGUCAAAGACGAACCAGAGACACGAGUCGCCAUCAAAACUGUCAACGAGUCGGCCAGCAUGAGGGAGAGAAUAGAGUUCCUUAACGAAGCCUCCGUCAUGAAGGAGUUCAAUUGCCACCACGUGGUCCGUCUCCUGGGAGUGGUCUCUCAGGGUCAGCCCACCCUGGUCAUCAUGGAGUUGAUGACACGCGGAGACCUGAAGAGUUACUUACGCUCGCUCCGACCUAAAGAGCAACAGUGGUCCAGCCUGUCCCUCCCCCCUCUAAGGAAGAUGCUGCAGAUGGCAGGGCAGAUCGCCGACGGCAUGGCGUACCUCAACGCCAACAAGUUUGUCCACAGAGACCUGGCGGCCAGGAACUGCAUGGUGGCCGAUGACUUCACUGUUAAGAUAGGAGAUUUCGGCAUGACCAGAGACAUCUACGAGACCGAUUACUACCGCAAAGGUGGUAAGGGUUUGCUCCCCGUCCGCUGGAUGUCACCGGAGUCUCUCAAGGACGGAGUCUUUACCACCCACUCUGACGUUUGGUCGUUUGGGGUCGUUCUGUGGGAGAUUUCCACUCUGGCAGAGCAGCCGUAUCAGGGUCUGUCCAAUGAGCAGGUGCUCCGCUUUGUCAUGGAGGGAGGGCUGCUGGAGAAACCACAGAACUGUCCUGACAUGCUGUUCGAACUGAUGCGGAUGUGUUGGCAGUUCAAUCCUAAAAUGCGUCCAGCCUUUGUGGAGAUCAUCAGCAGCUUAAAGGAUGAACUGGAGCCGUCGUUCAAAGACUCUAGUUUCUUCUACAGCGCUGACAACAAGCCAGCCGACGAUCCGCAGGUCCACCAGGACAAAAUGGACAGCGUUGACGACGUUCCUCUGGACCCCCCUUCUUCCACACAGCCGCAGCAAUCCCCAGUCCCUCAACAGACCCCACCACCCCCGAGCUCAGAGGCUCCACCUGCCCCCUCACUAAGCCCCAGCUCCCCUUCAUCGCCCUGUACGUCGACUGCUGCCAUGGACAAACAGGCCUCCGGCCAGCCAGCGGCCAAUGGGCUGUCUGGUCCGAGCCAUGCGGCAGGGUCAGGGCUCGGGACAAGUGCAGGCGUAGCAAUGUGCCCGUCUCUGGAGGAACUGCCACCAUAUGCGCACAUGAACGGAGGACGCAAAAACGAACGUGCCAUGCCCCUCCCGCAGUCCUCCGCCUGCUGAUUGUACGGAGACACCCACCAGACUACAAACCCUGCCGCCUGCUGCUCUGCAGAACCUGAUGUCACAGUGGGUGUGAUCUUUUCUCCUUUUUUUUCUUUUUUUUCUAGAUAAAAUACAGCAAAGUGAGUGGGAAGACCAAAAAAAAAAAAUCGGUAAAAUAUAAAAAUAAUUGGGAGAUCUCUCUCUCUAUAUCUAUCUAUCUCUCUCUCUUUAUGGCUGAACUUAUUUUAUAAAUUGUUGUUUGCUACCUUUUUUUAUAUGUAUUUCCAAAUGGGAAAACAAAAUGUAUAGGCCUUUAUAAAAUCGACUGGAGUUUUGAUUGCAUUUGGGCGGGCAUUAUGGUGAAACGGUUAAGCAUAUCAAAUGAGGAGGUCAGCGCCUCCGUCGGUUGGAUGUCAGCGUAGCGCCAGGUCACCAGUCAAUCUGACGAAUCUAAACAACUGGAGGGCAGAAAGGUCAAAUUUGCCAAAUUUGUUGCCAAAAUUGUACUUCUUAUCAAACGAUAUCUCCUGCGGUCUUGCUCUGUAAACGCGCCGGACUGAAAAGUGGAAGCAAAACAAAAACACUUUGAUCUAUUACCAUGCUGUUCUGAAGUCCCUGAUCGAACAUCCCUGCACAGUCCCACACCACUCCUCUAUCCACAGCUACUGUACUCUAUCAGACUGACAUCUUACACCUUGGUUACAUCCCCGUCACAAAGUGCUGUUCCGUUACAGUUUAACUGCCAAAUCCAGUCAACGAAGAAGCAAAAAAAGAGGUGAGGACUUCAAAGUGAAAAGCAUAAAGAUGAACACUAGAUCUAUGACGUCUCAGUCGGCGACUGCUCUGUGUUCAGAAGCAUCCUUGCUGUAUACAAACAGGUAUUUUUUUAGACUAGUAUUUAGUCUCCAACAUUUACAGCAUCUCUACAUGGGCAGAGCAUUUAUGUACACACUAUUUGUUUGUCACUUUUCUAACUUUUCUAUGGUUGGAGACAUUUAUCAUGUACAGAACAAAGCUGCUAGUCCUUAUUUCUCUUGUGGUUGUAAUAUAGUUAAUAUCUAUAUAUAAAAAGAGAACUCCUCCAGGUUGGAUCUAUGAGCGUUUCCACUACAGUCCAUUUCUUUAUAAUGCUUGUAACUGUAUAAAGUGUAUCUGACCUUGUUUCAUUUCUGUGUUUGCGUUAAAAAAGUUAUUGGCAAUUCACCUUGUGUUUUUCGAAAAGGCCGGUAAUGUUCCCUCCCAUCCGACUAGAGGACAGUGAUGGUGCAAGUGGCCAUCGGUGUUCUCUCAGGACACGUUUUCAACAUCGGUCCUCUAAGGUCAUCGUCACACUCGGAGGUCAAGCAUCACUGCUGAGUCCCAACUUAAUCUCAGGUCAAAGAGAAAAGUGAAAUCCUUUUCUAUUUUCUUUUUUUGUGCCGUCAUACCCGGGCAUAUCCUGUCUGGUGUGUGUCUGAUUCGAUGUCCCUCUAACUAGGUGGUUGCAUUGUCUGAGGUCAUGAGACAAGAGCAUGGUCUCACUGCAGAGUUUGAUCAUUUCUUUUCCCUGUUUUCCGAAACGCAACAUUUGUUUGACACCAACUAGAGCAAAGGUAACAUCAGGCAAGCCAGAUUGCUGGGGACACAGUCCUCUCACCUGCUCCACUGAUGUUACACAUUCAUACAAACCAUGGAACAGUUGUAUUAUACAUGGGCACAGCAGUAUUGUUUUCAUAAGCACUGGGGAGAUGGAAAGUGGGAAGUGUUGUAAAAUCAAAUGGGAUGAAAAAAUUCAAUUUGCCAGGACAAAACAAAGCAAAACCGAGGUACUGAAGAAUAAAGUGAACAAGAGAAAGAUGACCAGAGUAAGAUCAAUUUAAAUUUCAGAAAGGAUUCAAAUUAAUCGGUAUGCCGUAUUUUCCUUUUACUCCAUUUAAUUGUUUAGUUAACAGUAUUCUCAACCAGCUCAGUCUUUGACCGUUCUGAUAUCAUUUGACUAGAUUUUGUGGGUUCAUCAUUUUUGGAUAUAGCGGCAAGUGAACAGCGCAUUUUUCUGAAGGCGAGUGCAACAAAAUGGAACCUGUCUGUUUGGAUAAUUUCACCUAAUGCUAAUCAAUGUCUCUCUUGAAUCAAGGGUGCUGCUGGAGAAAUCCAUAUUAUUUAUCUUUUUUCAACAUAUUAGCGUGUUUGUAGAAGAUUGCUGAAGUCAAAGUUGGAUUGAGAAAAAGGAGAAUUAUCCUACAGCUGUGAGAUAUUUUUUUUUCAAAUGCACAAGGAAAAAUACGUGUUCACAAUUGAGGGUGACGCUAUACAUUUUGAUAGAAGGAACAAAUGCUGUAAGGGUCAUCCUUAUGUUAUUAGAAUACUAAAUCAAACUUCAACAGGACACUUUUGGUGAGAGGACUAACUGGAGGUCCCCGUGUUAAACAUCUAAGCAUGUAACAGACAUCGGACUAAACUCUGAAGAUGAGUAUAAUCAGAGAGGACCACAUGGAAAAAGAUUAUAAAAGCUUAUUAACCUCAAAAGGCUGCAUUUGGAUUCCCUGCCCAGAUGUUUCUUGGUUAUUUAUGUCACUUGUUAUGUAAAGUGUAAAUCACUGUACAAAUUCCCUGCAAUUUUUUUUCCCCCUUCUAAAUAAUGUUCUUUAGCUAUUUUGGGGAACGGUUUUGUUGUUAUUCCUUCAACCAUCCAUCUACCUCACUGUUUUUUUUCUUCUUCUUCUUUUUCAAUCUUUAUGCAUGUCUGGAGAAACGAAGCAUCUCACCUCUGCUGUCGGGAUGUUUCGAUGGUCUAACGGAGUGCUGUUAAUAUGGUCAAAUUCAAACCACAAACCAAACCAUUCUCAUAACAUUCAGACUCCUAAUAGAUUACUGCGGCCGCUGAUGGAAUUUGUGUAAAAUUUAUCACACAAGGAUGAGUUCAAGGCAACGGUAAAAAGUAUCAGUAAUAACUUGGGGUAGCUUUUUUUUUUUCUUCUUGGAAUAGACUAGAAGGCUGGUUUGUUUCUCAGCUGUGAGAGGAGCUGUUAGGAACGUGAAAGAAGCUGAGAAGUGCAGUCCUGCUGUGGGAGGCUGUGGUGUGUUUCUCCCCUGUUAAAACCUCCUGGCCCUCCUCUCCCUUCCCUCCCUCCUCCCGCAGCUCUGUUUUCAAACCUACACCUUCAAGUCUCGCCCCAGGUUGUGGCUCUCAUGCGUUGACAUCACAUACAUCUGUUUGUGUCCGUAUUUCCUGUCCAGGUAGCUGGGAAAGGAAAAAAAUCUUUGAACCUGCUUUGUACAACAUGUUGGGUUUUUGGUUUUUUUGAAAUGUAAAGACAAAUAUAACUAAUAUCAAAACUCUUAAGUUUUUGUGCUGUACAAAUUCAGACAUGCAGUAUUUCAUUCCAGGCUACCAUAUUUGAUUGGAUCAGGAAACAGUGGUGUCACCUGAGAAACGGGUCAAAUUAACUGGGACUAGAAUAUGUUUGGGGCCUUUUCUGCUGGUUUGUUGAGUUUUGGAAAGUUCACACUGGUCAAUUUUCAACACAGAUUCCUGCUGCAGUUAUGCAUUUUGGCGAAAACAGUUAGUUAACUGAUAGGUUAAUGUUGUCUGUCACACUCAAAUGAGCUUUAACAUUUAACAGAAAGCGGUUUGGUUCUUGUCAGUAAUGAGUGAAGCCAUGUGUAGCACCAGUUAGAAGGUAGUCAUGUCUGACCUGUACUGGUUGCUAUGGAAACACUUCUGGUUUUUGAUAUGUCUUCCUCUUCACAUGUAGGUUGACAGAAUACUCUUGGGGUGUUGUUGUUUUUUUACUACCAUUACAGGACCCUGGUGCUGUUCCUUUUGCCUGGACCUGUUGCCGUGGUGAUCGUAAUCCUAGUAAAAAGCAUCCUUUCUGUUCUCUUCCCUGUCCGUCUUCUUCCAACCCCCACACGGCAGGUUUAUAGUUUCAGGCUGGGAGUCUCAGUAAUAUGGGUUCUGGCUCGGAGGGCAGACUGUGUUGGUCUGGUGCCAGUUUGUACUGACGUGUUUAUGUCAGAAUGGGUAUUUCCCUGUUUGUGGUCUGAUUUUUGCCUCACUUAUACCACUGGAACGCCUCACUCACAGAGGGGACAUCAAAUUGAACAAAUUUCUGUCUUUUUUUUCCUCCUUUCUUUGUUACAUCGAUGGCCAAUUUGUUACCAAGAUUUUGAUGUGUAAAUUAUUCAUAGCCAACUCUUGCAUUUCAGUUGAAAUGAUCUGUUAGACUAAGGUUUAAUUUCGGUUUUCUUUUGUACAUGCUGUUGUAAGAAUUUUUUCCUGUUAUCAAUAUAAUCUGAGAACUGGGAAAAGGAUUGGCUGAAGGAAAAGAGAAUAUCUAUUUCUCUGAUUCUUUUUUUUCUACACGAGAUUUAAGAUGAAUAAAAAUGUAUGCAAACUGUU